GUGCAGGUGUUAUUGCCUAUUCUUGAUAGCUACAGUAUCAAUAUGAAAUCACUAGAUAUUAUUAUUGUUAACUGACCAUUUCGUGGGCGUCGUAAGCAUAAUCGUACGUGAAAAUUAUCAAAAUGAUUAGGAAUAUUUGUUGUUAGUGCAUAUAUCUGUUUCAACUUCGUCAUCGUAGGCAUCGAUGUAAAUAAACAAACCCUGAAAGCAAAAUCGUUUUGAGUCGUGUUCGCCGGGCUCCGCUGAUUGCGUAUAAUACAGGCGUACAAUAUUUUAUAAAUAGAUUGGAAUCACUCAGCUACUCUAUGGCAUCGCCGUACCACCAGGGUGGUGGCAGUCACGGGCCAACUAUGGGCGGUGGGGGCUCAGGAGGAGGUCCAAUGGGUCCUGGGGGUGGAGGAAUAGGAGGCUAUACCCCCGUUCCUCAGAUGCAUCCCGGCGCGAUGUCCCUGGAGGGUCAUAAUGGUAUCAGUAAUGAACAACCGGACCAGGAUGGAAACCCUCAGCAGGACAGUCAGCAACAACAACAGCAGGAGUUCAACAUUCCUGUGAUGUGUCGAAUAGGUCAAGAAACUGUUCAGGAAAUUGUGUCGAGGGCUGGAGAGCUUUUUCAGCUUUUGAGAACUUUGGGUCCACCAACGGGUAGCAUGAACCCGCAAGCGUCAACUGUGCAAGAGGAGCGUAAGGUAAAGCUAAAUGAAAUUCUGAAGAUUAUACAGCAGUUAUUUAAGCGUCUACGACGGGUGUAUGAAAUCUGUGAUAUGAACUGCGCUGGCGGAGAGUUCUCUACGCUUGAGCCAGACGUAGCGACGAUUCAACUAGUACCUCUCGAGGACGAGCGACGAAAAGAUGAAGAGGAAAAAAAGCCGUUGGAUUCCGCGCGACAGUUUAUAGAAGAACGGCAAAUGUAUCAGGAGCAAGUAUAUAUGAAAAAUCGACAAAUCAAGGAGAUUAUUGAUAUGUUGCGAAGUGUCGUGUGUGAAGUGAAUACCAUGCUUGGAAUGAGAAAGAAGCACCUGCCUUUCUCUAACAGGAUGAGUUCGUAUGGCAAACCUAAGCCAAACAUGUUCUAAAAUGCGAGAACUUCAUUGUGAUGUUUCAAUAAUGUGCACGGAGACCGAACUGGUUCAUUUUUGGGGCGUUUUGUAUAAUGUGUCAGCUGUAUUAAAAUAAAUGUGCAUACAGUGCCUAUGAAUUGUAAUUUUCUGGGAGUGGGUCAGUAACGGUCACAUUUCCACAAUGGCAAAUGGUCUAUUACAUAAAGGCUUUUUUGUCAAAAAUAAAUAUCUUAAAAUAAAUAAAAAAAUCGGAUUGAACUUAGUAUUUGAAAU